UCUGGUCAGUUUUGUGGCAAGCUAAGACCAACCACCUUAGGCUAAUUUAGGGUAUUUUUUUCAAGUAAUACAAAAAAUAUAAUAAUAAUAAUAAUAAUUACAAUACUUCUUUCUGUCUCUCUGUGUCUUGCUUGCAUAACUGCAGAAAUUACAAAAAUACAAAAUAAAUAAAUAACUUUUCUAUUCAAAAGUAUAAUUUUGUCAAGUGAUGCAAAGCUGAAUUUUUAGCAUCAUUACUCCAGUCUUCAGUGCCACAUUAUCCUUCAGAAAUCAUUCUAAUGUGCUGAUUUGCUGCUCAAGAAACAGGUCUUGCUAUUAUCAAUGAAAACAGUUGUGCUGCUUAAUAUUUCUGCAGAAAACAUUUUUUAAUAAUACUUUGAUGACUAGAAAGUUCAGAAGAAAAGCAUUUAUUUAAAAUAUAAAUAUUUUGUAACAUUAUAAAUGUCUUAACUGUCAGUUUUGAUCAACUUAAUGUGUCCGUGCUUAAUAAAAGUAUUAAUUUCAUAAAAAAUCUUACGGACCCCAGACUUUUAACUUUUAAUAUCCAUUUUCAACAUGUAUAGGACUUUUAGAAGGCAUAUAAAAAUGAGAUAUUAUGUCUAGUUUGAACACAAGGAAGUAAAGGCUUUUUUGUGUGGUAUUGUUCAAUUGUCCUGUCAAAUUUCCUUCAACACAAUUCAUGCAGUAAAAUAAUUCAUAAACAGGUCAAACUCCUGCGAUAAUAACGACCUUUCAGAUUCACACACACACACACACACACACUCGCUCCUAUUCUUUUGCACACAGUGGCAGGAAGUCGUCCAGAUAUCCGCCGUGCUUCUGAAAAAGAAUGAGGGACAAAUUCAGGGAGGGAGCUGUUGAGGGUGUAGACAUGAACGUUCACACACUUCACACAGUAUUACUGGACUGAUAAUGCUGCAUCCAUCUAAAGACACCAUCUAAGACUCCCUGAAGACAUAAGAACAGCCUCAAAUGAGAAGACCUCAGGUCUUGGUCUUGGUGAUUCAUACUCAAGGGGGUUGCUUUGUCAAAUCAAGAGGAACUUAACUAACUCCUGACUCAUCUGUGUGUUCAGAGAUGCACCCGACUGCGAGAUUCUCCUUCAUCGUAUGGACUCUCUGCAGAUUAUCUCAAGGCUCCCCUAGUGAUCCAUACAGCAGCUGUAAAGAAGGAAAAACGUGCCAGGCCAAGUUUGGGAAUGGAGUAUGUGAUAAGGAGUGCUCAGCUUCUGAUUGUCUGAGAGAUGGAUUCGACUGCCUCAAAGACAAAGGCCCCUGCAAUUUAGGGCAUGUUCAAUAUUGCCGAAAUCAUUAUGACAACGGCCACUGCGACCAGGGCUGCAACAACGCCCCCUGUGGGUCGGACGGCUCGGACUGCCACAAAAAGCUUCACCCUGUUUGGGCCAAAGGAAGCCUCAUACUGCACACUAGAAUCCCUUUCCAGAGGGGUCAGACCCAGAACAGCUCUCUGUUAUGGCCCUUAAGCACUGUCCUGCAGACCGGCAUCAAACUCAGAGGGAUGGCACCUCUCCAGCCCACCACAGACCUACUUACAAUGGACACCCGACAGCUCGCCGAGCUGUACGCUCAAACUCCAUCCUAUGACAGCAAUGGGUCAGUGUUAUUCCUGCAGCUGGAUAACAGACCCUGCUCCCGUCUUUCCUCCGCGUGUUUCCACUAUGCCAUCGAGGCUGCACACUUCCUGCGUGCCAUCCUGGCACAGAAUCAUGCCUCCUCGUUUCCCAUGAUCCCAGAGAUCCUGGCGGCUGUGAUCAGUAUACGUGGAGUCGAUGAGGAAAUAGGAGCCAGAGAGGAGGUGAAACUGCCAAAGGAGGAGCGCAACGUUCAUGAAGCCUCUCCUGCCUGGAUGUGGCCUGUGGUCGGUGUGGCGACGGGGCUCAGUGUGGCGGCUGCCGUGAUCAUCACGGUGGUGUUCCUGUGGUUAAAGAGAAGAAGACAGAGACGAGAGGGAGGAGAGCGAGUGCGUCACAGAUCCACGGUGACCGACAGCAAUAACGGCAGCAAGGCCUGGUCCCACCGCUCUGAGCAGAAAAGAAGCCGAUCGGGAAGAGAUAAAGACAGAAAUGGGACGAAGAAAAACAAGAAAGGAAAGGAGUCAGGAAAAAGUCGCAAGGAGCCCCUCGGUGAGGAUGCGAUCCGUAUGCGACCCCUGAGGAAGGAACUGGACAUCGGAAGUGACACCGAUGUGACCCAGAGCUCCAUGGAGGACAUCAACAGGACCAUCCGUGACCACAGAUCACCAGACCAAAAACACUUCAACCACCAGCAGCCCCGCAUGCUGGCUCCCCCUAGAGGAUGGGAAAGAAAUGCAGCUCCUACACCUCAAAGACCUCCAAGAAAUGCCGCUCCAGUGCAGUGGUGUGGUCCGGACGGCUCGGUCGUGCUGAUCCGAGCUGUCAGAAGCGGGCUUGACCGAGUGGUUCUGGAGCUCCUGAGAGCUGGAGUGCCAGUCAACAACACCGACCACACGGGGAGAUCUGCCCUCCACUGGGCAUGCUCAGUAAACCACCUCCCAUUGACACGGACUCUCAUUCGCUACGGUGCUGCAGUGGAUUUACAGGACCAUAAGGGUGAAACGGCUUUGUUUCUCUCAGCUCUCCACGGUUGCUAUGACACCGCACGAUUCCUACUGCUCAACGGGGCCAAUCAGGAUCUGUCUGACUGCAAGGGGCGGCGGCCACUGGAUGUGGCUCGAGAGGGAUUACAUCAUCAGGUUCUCGAGCUCCUGUUGGCUCACAGAGUUCACAGGGCGCCGGUUCCUCUAGAUCCCGCCACUGAGGUGCUCUGGGACGAUCGCACGUACGUCUAUUCUCCUUGGGUCGCUUCACCUCCAUGUAUACCCGGAAGAAGUGCCUCGUUUUCAGGGGUCAUUAGCCAAAGGGGGAUGUCAACACCUCCGCCUACUGAUUGGCAGAUGGGAAGAACGCAAUGCUCCUCCCCCCAGAACUGGCGUCCAGCACCCAACCAAUCAGCAACGGCAUUGGUCAGCCCCAGGAUUCUUGGCCGCCCAUCUCGGCCUAUCAGCACUCUCCAGGAAGUGACGUCAGAGGCGGAGGACGAGGAGAGGGAGAUGAUCCAGAACGUUACUCGAGCGGCAACACCUCACUUCCUGUCUCCUCAACCCGCACCUCGACAGCGUUCGUUCUCCUGUACCCAGCAUGCACUGAACCGCCGCUCCAGCAGCAACCAAACAGAGCUGUCCGUAGCCAUGCCAGCUGGAAAAAUAGCCAAUGAGCAUGUAGAAAUAGUGAUUGUGCCACACCCAAGAGAAGCAGCCAGCCAAUCAGAGAGCAGAAACACAGGGAACAGCCUCAGCGCAGCUCAGAUGGACUCUGAGAGGGAGAAUAUGAGGAACUGCAACUCCAAAAUGAGUGAAAGGGUCAGUAAUGAGCUCCCCGUCAUCAUCCAAAGCAGCAUGUGAGAGAAGAUAAAGAGAAAAGAAAUUAGACAACUCAAAAAUGCAUAAAACUGUGCUUUACAAUUUCUCUAUUAACUGUUAAAAUAAUCUAAUAUUAGUGGUGGAAUCUCAGGAAAACUUGUCCUCACCCCAAAAUCAAAAGCAAUUCAAAUUUGCAUGAAGAAAGUAAAGUCUAUUUAGAACAAUUUUUUAGAACUUCUUUUUACAUUUAAAUUUGCAUUUUGACAUUAUUUUUAGGACAAUAAAGCAUAUUGUUCUCCUUAAUUAUUCCCUCAUAAGUGUUAUAUGUUUGGAUGUUUUGCUUUAUUGUAAUUUAGGGUUUACUUUAAUACUACACAAAAUAUACAAAUAAAAGAAAACUAAUAUUUUCA